AUGGCGCUUCUUGUCAAACAGCUCUACGGGCUGUUCAAUCCCUCUGCUCCAGCCCCUGCCGCACCCGCAGACCCAGACUUCGCAGACUUCGCCGCCGCCCCCAACCCCGCCGCCCCCUCCCACGCCUCCAAUGCUUUCCCCGGCUCCUCCGCCGCCCCGACCGCCGCAGCAGGCGGCCUAAGCAGCUUCAUCUCCUCACCGUACGGCAUCCAAGGCCGCCCGUACACCAAAUGGUACCGCGUGUGGGAGCGCGUGACGUACAAAGACUUCUACCAGGAAUUCGUCAUCCUGCCCAUCCUGCUCGUCGUCGUGGCUGUCAAUGUCGUCGGCACGCAGAUCAACAAGGCGCGCAUGAGGGCUUGGGCUGCGGCUUUUGUUCCCCUGCUUGAGGCCGAGUAUGCGCAGGUCGGACAGGAUAAGGAGGCGGCGAGUAGUGCCGGUGCGCCGGAGCAGAAGCUCAAGCAGGGCAAGAUGAGCGAGUGGUCUACGUAUGCCACUGGAAGGCAGAAUGCCGCCUUCACCGACGUCAAGAUCAGCCUGCACAAGCGCUUCAAUCCGCUUUUGUGGGUGUUUGAGCUCGUCUUGUCGUUUCUCUUCGAGAGCAUUCCCACGCCCAUGGAGAGGAUGCUGGCGACGACGUAUGUCUUCGACGGCAAGGAGAAGCUCAUGCUCCCCGAUGCGACUGCAGGUGGAAACAGCAGCUACGAUGGAUUCGUGUGGGCAGUAGUACACAAGGACUUCAUGCAGCAACUGCGCAACGACCGCUACGAUCUCAGUCUGACGGCUACCCGCGACAACGCCAAGCUACCCGAGUGGGCCACCGUCAUGAGCGAGAGCUCCGAAGUCACCGACGCCCUCCUCACCCCGGAGUUGGUAAAAGCCAUUGAGCAAUGCGGAGAAGACCUAGAAGCACUAAUCAUCACCGACCAACCCAUCGACGCCCCCAAGAAACUCAACGAACUCGUUCCCCGCAAACGCCUCACCCUAACAACCAAACUUCCCACAACCUCCACAAUCCCCAACCUCACUCCCCUCUUCACCCUCUACCUCCGCCUCCCGGACACCCUCGUGCAAACAGCCCACUUCCGCCCGGAAGCGCUACGCAAAAUCCGCGCCACGCGCGAAGAAGAGCAGCGCAAGAUCAAGCGCCUCGACGAGGAGGAGAAGGCGGAGGAGCGCAAGAGUGCGAGCGACAAGGCGAAGAAGGAGGAGCGCGAGCGGAAGCUGAAGGGCAUGGGGGCUGAGGAGCAGAGGAAGUUUUUGGAGCGGGAGAAGGCGGAGGAGAGGAAGAGGGGGCAGAAGAAGAAUACGAUGAGGGGGUGA